AUGAAGAUGUACUCCCUGGCUGUCACCCCCAACGGGCACCUGGAGGGCAGGGGGUCGAUGCCCCCUCCCAUCAUCCUGCGCACGGCGGCCACCCCGAUGCCCACCCCGAAGUGCUCCCCGCACAUGGACUCGGUGCACACCUUCGUGGACUCGAGGAGAGGCAGCAACGCUUCCCUGGACCCCACGAGCUACGAUCAGAAGUCCCUGUCCAGCCUCCGCAGUUCCCCUUGCGCCAACUGGGGCACCAGCAGCAACUGGGGGAGCCGGCGCUCGAGCUGGAACAGCCUGGGCAGAGCCCCGAGCCUCAAGAAGAAGAACCAGUCAGGAGAGAGGGAGUCCCUGCUCUCGGGGGAGGGCAAGGGCAGCACCGACGACGACUCGGAUGACGCCAAGUCCAGCACGGUGAGCCGGCCCUCGCUGCACCGGCGGGCGGAGUCGCUGGAUUACCGCAGCUCCCUGGAGCUGCCGGAGCUGCUCCAGCUGCCCCCCGUGCGCCACUCGCUCGGGGUGAGCCCCGUGGCGCUGCCCCCCGAGUUCCAGGACUGCAACGGCAAGAUGGUGCACGUGCCCAGCGAGCUCUUCCUGCGCGUCGACGGGCACAAGGAGGACGCCCUGGACUACGAGGACGACAUGGAGGAUAGUUACUGCUACCGGAUCCGCAAAGCCCUGGAGCCCUACAAACCCCAGUGGUGCAAGACUCACGAAGACUGGUCCCUCUACUUGUUUUCCCCCCAGAAUCGGUUCCGGGCCAUGUGUCAGAAGGUCAUCGCCCACAAAAUGUUUGAUCACGUGGUGCUGGUCUUUAUAUUUCUCAACUGCAUCACUAUUGCCCUGGAGAGACCAGACAUAGACCCACAGAGCACGGAAAGGAUAUUCCUCAGCGUUUCUAAUUACAUCUUCACUGCCAUCUUUGUGGCUGAAAUGAUGGUUAAGGUGGUAGCUCUUGGCUUUUUCUCUGGGGAGAACACCUACCUGCAGAGCAGCUGGAACGUUCUGGACGGAGUCCUGGUCUUUGUGUCUAUCAUUGACAUUAUUGUGUCCAUGGCAUCAGCAGGAGGAGCCAAAAUCCUGGGUGUCCUUCGAGUUUUGAGACUUCUGCGGACCUUGAGACCUCUCCG